GAAAAAAAAAAAAAAAAGAAGAAGAAAAUCCGGAAUGUUGGACCUGGAGUAUCUGCCAUACGAUGUGUUGCAGGAUAUCCUGCAUGGACUGCCCGUGAAAUCCCUAAUCCGAUUCAGGUGCGUUUCCAAAUCAUGGAAUUCUCUAAUCACAAGUCCUGCCUUCAUCAAUUCCAAUCUCACUCGAUCGCACUCCGAUUCCAACAAAUUAAUUGUUAGGUAUUUGGAUGUCAAAUACCAAGUAGAGCGCUACAAAUUAAUUUACGAAGACAAUGACAAUAAUGACUCCUCCUCAUCUGAACAAAUUCAAGAUCUUGAGUUCCCACUAAGGUGUAGUAGAUGGGACUAUUUUCAAUUAGUCGGUUCCGCGAAUGGAUUGUUUUGCCUUCAUGAAGGAAACCGCUUUAUUCUUUGGAAUCCUUGUAUUAGAAAAUUUAUUACCCUUCCCAACCCUUCUAUUAUUGACGUCUUUCAUUGUUAUCUAGCAAUUGGGUUUGAUUUGAGGACCGAUGAUUAUAAGGUGGUGAGAAUUGCCUAUCAAAGUGUAAAUGUUAGGUGCGAAGGUGCCAAACCACCUCUGGUUGAGGUUUACUCUGUUAGCGAGGGAUCUUGGAGAGUAACUAGUGGUGGUGACUCAUAUCCGCAUAGAAUUACUAUUCGUAAUUGGCACUGUCAAGCAGCUUCUUUAAAUGGAGCUGUUUAUUUUACGGCGGAAGAUUGGGGUGAUGCCCAGAGUUCAAUAGUUUUGUCAUUUGAUUUGGGUGAUGAGGUUUUCCGCUUGAUAUCCUUGCCAAAUGGUAAAUUUGGAUUGGAUGCUGAUAUUCGUACCUCAGUAUUCAAUGGAUUGCUUUCUCUAAUAUGUUAUGGGCGUCAGUUUCUGAGCAGCGUCAAGAGUUGUUCUGUUUGGGUUAUGAAAGAGUAUGGUGUUGUGGAUUCUUGGACUAAACAGUUCACUAUUGACUUCAAUAUGCUACAUUGUGUUGAUUGGAAAGUGUUAGGUUUCUUGAAUAAUGAUCAUGUAUUAGUGGAGAAAAUACAAGCAUAUGGUACGAUGCUCUUGUUAUAUGACCCAGAGAGCCAACAACAAGUGAAGAAUUUGGGGUUUUCUAUAAGCGCUCGUUAUUCUUAUGCUGCUAAUUAUGUGAGGAAUCUUACCUUACUUGACAAACCAAAUGAUGUAGUUUCCAAGAGGAAGUGAGCAAGAAGAGGAAGUGCAGAUAACAACAAUACAUAGGACUGAAGGAUGCAUUCACGUAAUGUGGCAGCUGUUUUUUCUUUUGUCCAGAUUUGUUUUUUGGCCUAUGGAUCUUUGUCAAGCCUUCUUUGUUUGGAAUUUUAGACAAAAAUGUUAAGUGUCUUUCUAAGUCUAGGAUAGUUUUAAUUUAUUUUAUAAACAAUGAUAUUUUAUUAAAAGACAAGAUUACUUCG